AUGGCGAAAAGACAGAGGAGGAAAGAGAGACAUUCUCCUUUAUGUCUAUCUAGGAUCUCACUGAUCCGUAACUGUGAGAAACUGCCAGCCCAGGAGCACUUCAUUGUUCAGGAAUACCUGGACAAACCUUUCCUAAUGGAGGGCUACAAGUUUGACCUACGCAUCUACAUCCUGGUCACUUCCUGUGACCCGCUUCGUAUUUUCCUCUAUAAUGAUGGCCUGGUGCGAAUGGGCACUGAGAAGUAUCACGCACCCAGUGAAGCUAAUCUGAGCCAACUCUACAUGCAUUUGACCAACUACUCAGUCAACAAACACAAUGAAAACUUUGAACGAGAUGAGACAGUGGACAAAGGCAGCAAAAGGUCCAUCAGCUGGUUCACAGAGUUCCUCCGCACCAAUGACUAUGAUGUGACCAAGUUCUGGGGAGACGUCUCUGAGCUUGUGGUGAAAACCUUAAUAGUGGCUGAACCACACGUGCUGCACGCCUACCGCAUGUGUCGCCCUGGUCAACCACCAGGGAGCGACAGCGUCUGCUUUGAGGUGCUGGGCUUUGACAUCAUCCUGGAUCGCAAACUGAAACCCUGGCUUCUGGAGAUCAAUCGAGCUCCAAGUUUUGGGACUGAUCAGAAGAUUGAUUACGACGUGAAGAAAGGAGCGCUGCUUAAUGCUCUUAAACUCCUCAACAUUAGAGCCAGUGAUAAGAAACGCAACCUGGCCCAGCAGAAGGCAGAGGCUCAAAGACGGCUCUAUGGACACGGCUCAAUGAAAAAACUCUCAGCUGCAUCAUCUGACUGGGAGAAACAGAGACAGACACUAGAGAGACGGAAAGAAGAGCUCAAAGAACGACUGGCACAAGUCCGCAAGCAGAUUUCCAGGGAGGAGCAUGAAAAGGAGCAUCUGGGGAACUACAGACGUAUUUACCCCCCAGAUGACAAGCUGCUGUUGGAGAAGUAUGAAAGCCUGCUCUCGGCCGCCUUUCAGACCUUCCUCGCUGGGCGAGCUGCCUCACUUCAAAAGGAAAUGAAUAAUCCUCUGAAACAAAUGAAGGAAGAGGACAUCUUGGAUCUGUUGGAACAAUGUGAACUGGACGAUGAGAAGCUAAUGGGCAAAUCCACUAGGCAACGGGGCCCUAAGCCGCUGUCCUCCAUGCUAGAGUGUGGUCAGACACCAAGGCGCCAACGACCAGAUUACUUGGCUGACUUCAGCAGCGGUAGCAGUGCUGAUAAUUCUUGCUCCUCCUCAGAGGAAGAGGAAGAAGAGAGGAGGAAGGCGGGAGGCGAUGGUAGAAGUGGCGAGAAGCGAGAAAAGAAAGUGUCAUAUGACCUUGGGGAAAACAAGGAAAAACGCUUGGCUGAACGAUCAGGUCGCAUGCACUGGAAACCUCCAGACAAGUCACUUAAAACCAGCCCCGCCCCUUCUACUUCACCAACACUUUCUGGGCCAAUCAGGCGCUCCAUCUCUUGUCCUCGCUCCAUCGCCUGUCUGUCAUCACCCAAUGAGGUACGGGUAUUGUCCUCCACCAGGCCUUCCCCGACACUUCCUUUGGCCGCUCCAUUCGCCAGACCGACCUCUGCCACACUUCGUUCUCACUCCUUGAGUCGCAGUGGCUCCGCCCACCGUGUUCCUCACAGCAUUAGCCUGGGGACCAUCCAUUCAAACAUAGGUGACCCAUUGCUAAACCUGAGGAGUAAAGAGCAGGAGACAGAACUGGUACACCAGACAUUUGCCGUCCUCAACACUAUGAGGAUCAGGUUUCCUGGAAAAACGGAGGAAGAAGCUGAGGCAGUGUUGGAUGAGAUUCUUGACAACUGGAAAUACCACAAACCAAAAGUGGCUUCAUAUUGGCUCGUUAAGUUGGAUUCUACAAAACAGCGAAAGGUUUUGGACAUUGUACGAAUCAACAUUCGCUCAGCACUGCAGCGGAUCUGGAGAGAAGCGGAUGUUGAAAGCCUCCACCUGUACCGCCUUUUUAACCGGGUCUUCAACCGGCUGCUCUGGAGCCACGGUCAGGGAUUGUGGAACUGCUUCUCUAAUACAGGGUCAUCAUGGGAGACCAUCUUCAGUAAGAGUAGUGAGGUGGUUUCACCUCAGGAGCUGCAGUGCUGUCGCAGACUAGUCCAGCUUUGCAGAGACUGCUUGUUGGUCGUCUACAAAUUUGUCUCAGAGUCCCGCGGGUCUUUAACCGGACUCAGCCCUGAGUGGGAUGACACAAGGUAUCUGCUGCCAGUGACCUCACAGUUCAUCAUGAAGUGGCCUUCGUCCAGCUUUGGCCGUGUCUCCUCGGCUAUACCACGCUCCCAUAGCCUUCUCGCCGCCAGGAUGAGCCACUUCUGAGGUCACUGUGGCAACCCUGGCUUCUGACACUACACCUUUUGACCUCAACCUCCUCUGACUGAUGCCCAGCCAAGUGCUAAUCUCAACAGUUCUGGUGUGGAUCUGAUUUUGGGGCUGUACUGAGAACUGGAUGGAGCCUCAGCCUUGGCCAAAUCCUCACUGGAAGACCAACAAAGGCUGGAUAACGUGGGACAAACAAAGAGCCUAGUUUGGUUUGAUUUGGCUGAGCUCAGACCAGCAGACACCAGUACGCCUGAACUCUACCUUUAAACUGACAAAUACCAGGCGAUGGGUUGUCCCCAGUCUUCUCAUUGUAAUUAUUGUAUUAUAACUACGGACUGUCCAGUUAAUACUUGUGCUCCUGUAAAGGGAAGGAAUAACUACUACUACCACUACUGCUAAGAACAAUGACUAAACAAUGGAAGGAUCAUUUAUUUAUGUACUUAAAUUAUUUUGAAAGUUAUUCGAGUGAAUGCUGACACAGAAUGUUCUUUACAAAGCUAUCUGUUUUGUUUUGUUUUUUUCCUAAAAUGCUUAUUUUUGCUGGUUAUAAUCAGUUAUGAACAUAUUUAAUACACUUGAUUUAUUUAAUAACGUUCAACUGAGGAUUUAAGUUGUUUUAAUGUUCUAGGCAGUGCCCAGAAAUUUUUAAAAUGUUAAACUUUUGAAAGCAAGCUCUUAAUUUUCCUGUGACAUAAAUGUGGCACGAU